AUGGGCUGUAAAGGAGAAUGUAGCAGUUAUUUGCCGCGUGUUGCCGCUAUCGGCGGCGUAAUUGAACACCGUGAAGUGAUCUUCAUGCCUGCGAGAGGCAGUAAAGGUGCCAAACCGGCAGGGCGAAAGCCUGGCAGUCCUGAAGACAGCACGGCUAAGUUCCGCAACAAGAUUCUGGGGUUAAGCGCCGUUGCAGAGCAGAAUUCAGCAGUUCCUCCCUUUGAUGAGCACGGCAAUGCUACCGAACAGAAGGACAUCGUGACCCAGAUGAAUGAGGAGCUUGCUAGGAGACAGGAGAGCUACGUACGACGAGAACGGCAGUACAAGGUUCGGAUUAAUGAGCUGGAGGCUUUGCUCUCAGAUUCUCGAGCAAAAAAGAGUAAAGAGAACACGUUAGAUGCCUCGAUGGAUCGUGUGCGCGCAAUGCAUCGAAGCAUUCUCGAUAGUGUGGAUCAAGUACAAGACCAGCAGGAAAAAGAUCUUCUGCGAGCUUUUCGAGCACGACUAUAUAGUGUCCAGGAGGAGCUUGAAUCCGAGAAAAACAAGACUGACGAUGGUGCUUCCGCGUGGAUUGAAAAGAGCAAGCAACUCGAGACGGAAGUGGAGUGGACGAAGGAGCUGGCGGAUCGACUUGACCGGUUAAACCAGAGCUUGACACGGGAAAAUCAGCGGUUAAAGACGCAAUUCUCUACACAAGAGAACGAUCGCGAAUUUCUCGUCAAACAACUCGUGACUGUCAAGAAGGACAACGUGUCACUUCGAACAGAACUGGAAACUCUACGGCAGCAGUUAGAUCAGCUACGAGAAUCAGGGCAACAGCAACAGCAACACCAUCACUCACAGUCGCAAUCGUUAUUUGCCACAGCAUCCACCAGUUCUCUGCCGAAAGUUCAUUACCGAGAUUCAGCGACUAGUCUUGCGUUGGCACAACGUCCCAACACGGCAGGAGUCGGCACCUUAGCAAUGGCAUCGGACAGUGACAACCGGUACAAGGAGAUUAUCAAACGUUUGAAGCGGUUGUUGGAAGUGGAAAGAAGGAAUUUGCAGCAAGUGAGGACAGCGUAUAAACUCGAGCUGCAAAACCACACAGAGCUCGAAAUGAUCCUGAAGGAGUGCGUUCAAGACAUUCGCGGUGACAUUUCGCACGUCUCGCAGCUUCCGCUCGUAAUGCCGUCGCACAGCAGUGGCAGUUUGUUAGGCAGCCCGCAGCACGGUCGACAAUCUGAGUGCCGCUUGAGCUCUUCGGAGCGGCAACGACUGGUUGAGAAGCUGCUGGAGAAAGAGCAACUACUGAACUUGCUGACGGCCAAGGCGUUCCCUGUUCGCAACGGCAAGCGUCGAGGUGACCCGCUGAUCAUAGGAGAAGCGGUUUCACCAGACGAAGUUGCCAAGCUGCUUUCAGACGUAUCGAAUUACAGCGAUGGAAGGCACUAAGUAACGAAAGUGUAGCGACUGC